GGGUGGGUGGGUGGUCAUCGACGACGCGACGAGAUGAUCCCUUCCCUCGGAAGCGCCCUCGCCCACAUACUACCUCUUUCGCUCUCUCUGUAUGUCACUAUCCGCCACCACCACCACCGCUGUAUUCCCUCCCUCCCCCCUCCCCCAUAAGGCAACGUGGACUGCAGGCUCCCUUGCGAUCUCUUGAUUCUCUCCUACUGUCACUUCCCUAGCUCUACUGUCACUUCGCGGGGUGACGGAGUCGAUGGAUCCGUCGGGCGCGUCGUUCUGGGUGGACUUCCUCCAGGGGAUGCUGAAGCCGGUGGCGGCGCUGUCGGUGGUGCUGAUGGCCGUCGCUCUCUCCUUCGCCCAGAAGCUCAAGCUCGAGGGCGAGAUGAUCUACGCCAUCGCCCGCGCCUUCUUCCAGCUAUCUAUCAUCGGCUUCGUCCUCCAGUUCAUCUUUGCCCAGAAGAACACCGCCUGGAUCAUCCUCGCUUACUUAUUCAUGGUAUCUGUUGCGGGUUAUACAGCUGGUCAACGGGCAAAACAUGUACCGCGAGGGAAAUGUAUAGCUGGAAUCUCUAUUCUGGCAGGUACAUCAGUGACGAUGUUCUUGCUUGUCGUGCUGAAUGUCUUCCCCUUUACUCCAAGGUACAUCAUUCCUGUUGCCGGCAUGAUGGUUGGCAAUGCAAUGACCGUCACUGGUGUUACCAUGAAGAAGCUGCGGGAAGAUCUUAAAGUGCAAAAGAACCUGGUGGAGACGGCAUUGGCUCUCGGCGCAACUCCGCGUCAAGCAGCACAUCAGCAAGUUAAGAAGUCUCUUGUGAUUGCACUGUCCCCAGUUGUGGACAAUGCCAAAACAGUGGGUCUCAUUUCUCUUCCAGGUGCAAUGACAGGGCUCAUUAUGGGUGGUGCAUCACCUUUGGAGGCAAUCCAACUCCAGAUAGUUGUCAUGAACAUGCUUAUCGGAGCAUCCACCGUUAGCAGUAUCUUAUCGACGUAUUUGUGUUGGCCUUCUUUUUUCACAAAAGCUUACCAGUUGGAAUAUAAAGUAUUCUCAGCUGAUUGAA